AUGAUGAUGUACAUCUCAAUCUUCGAGAUUUUCUAUUCAAUCAUUGACGUCAUCGUCGAGCCCAUUGUGCAUUCCUAUCGUUCGACAUUCGCCGUUCUAAUGAGCACAAAGAAUUCCGUCUUGGGGCGUGAGAUGAAUAAGUUCCUUCUGGCGACCUACUGCGGCUUCUACGGCUUCUCGUUGGCCCUGUUUGCGGUUCAUUUCAUCUAUCGAUAUGGCUCAACUCGCCGGCAAACCCGAGACCGAUAUUUCGAGAGCCGAUUCGCUAUAAUAUGGUUCUCGAUUCCUGUCAUUGCUUGUAUUAUCUGGGUUUCGGCAUGCUUAUUGUUCAUCUCCGACUGGGAUGUGAUGACAAACUUUAUUAGAAAAAGCAUUCUUGACAACUAUGAGCUAAAGAUGGAAGACGUCGUCUACAUUGGAGCUUACUUCUAUCCAAUCGACGACAAUGGAAUCCAAUAUUUUAAUAUGAAAUACGUAUACGCAUUAACCAUUCCCUGGAUCAUUCUAGCUUCAUCGAUCUUCUGUGUCUUCUACUUUGGCAUUCGAUGCUACUACAAAAUCUCAAAAGUGAUGUCGGAGAUCGCGGUGAUGUCGAAUUGGAUGAAGAAGCUUCAGAAGCAGUUGUUCAACGCGCUCGUCAUUCAGACGAUGAUUCCGGUGGUCCUCAUGUAUUUCCCAGUGUCAGCUCUCUACGCUGUACCGAUUUUCGACACCGACUUUGAAUUGGCGGCGAGCUCGACAUCGAUCACCGUUGCAUUCUAUCCAGCCAUCGAUCCGCUACCAACAAUAUUGAUUGUUGAUGCCUAUCGGAAAGCCACUUUUGAAUAUUUCCAUUGGUUUAGCAAAUCUUUCAAAGGCCAUCACACCGGAUCGACUGAGGGCAUGAUCACAUCCCCAAACAACCCCUAA